AUAGCAAUGAUUGGGGAAAAUAAUUUUAAUUUCCUGGUGUAUCUGCCUGAGACGUGGGAAUAUGUUGCUAACGCCCCAUUGAGUAUUGAAACACUAUGAGUCUGGGUUGCUUCCUCUCACGGUUUGAGCAGGACCCCCAUCUCUGUGGCUGUAUGAAUCUGGCUGUGCCUUAGGGAGUGAGAAGAGUGUGGGUCUCGGCAUCACACAGACAUUUGUGUAUCCUAGCCAAGUAACUCUGUGUGAACGAAUCUCCUCUUUGAGACACAAUUGCCUCAUCUGAAAAGUAAGAGGAAAGCUAUCUUUCGGUUUUAUUGUGUGGGAUUCUGUGUGUUCCUAGCAUACUGCUUAGCUUGUGGUGAGGCUCCUUUGGCGUAUGUGUAGCAUAGGUGUGUGUUGUGUGUAGUAUACAAUAUGUAUACAUUGACCUGCAUCCUGUAAACGACAAGCAAUAUCUGUCCACAGUAGUUGCUGCUCCUCUGGAGAGCAAUGACUGGAUCUUUCUCUAAGAGGUCUGCUUGCAGUGGCAGCUCCAGAAUUUCUGUCUAGGAGCAGCUCAGAGAAGACAGUCUUCUUGGCAGGAAAAGGAGUUGAGAAACUCUUCUUGGGGCUGCAUUUGCCUGGCAAAGCCAGCGCUUUCCUGAGAUGCUGUGCGUGCGAGGGCUAUUUGGGAGCGCUGGUAGAGUUCUCCCAGUCACCCUUUGAGGCCUCUCUUGCCUCCCCUCCACAUUAGAUGGAACUGAAAUGGUGAAAAGAAGAUUUUUGAUUGGUUUUUUCUUUGCAGUAUUCUUUGAGGAGGCCAUCGGUCCUUGCUAUCUCUGUCCUUUAUCAUGCACAGAGUCAGAUAACAGUGAGGACGUUUUCUCUCUUCCAGGCAACAAGGCUGGUCAUUAGAGGGAAAUGUCAUAGUCUCUUUAAUCCAAUUUAGGCCCUGACCUUUUGGUUAGAGAAGGGAGGAAAAAUUUUGAUGAUCCCUCGCUUCCUGGUGUUGAGGGGCCAUGUGGUGGGCAGAACCUUUUGAAUUUCCUUCAGAGUUCCAUUGGGGGUUCUCAUCUCGCUAAAUAGAUUCCAUCAUUAUUAUUUCAUGACGAUGAACUUCUUUAUUUGGCCCAAGUGUUGGAGAGUAAAGAUCUCUUACAUAGAUCUGUUUCCCCGGCAUACUGUAAGUACUUAAAAUAUUUGUUGAAUCAAAUUAAGCAAUAUUGAUAUAUUGUUUUAUACAAGAGUUUACUGGGUAGAAUUUAGAUUGGCAACUAUGGCCUGAUUCCAAUGACCCAUGAAGGAAUAGAAUGUGUUAGAUCUGUUCAGCUGGAAUUUCCCCAGCACUCAGAACCCGUUAGUAGCAGCUGUGCCUUUUGCCUUUAAGAUACAGAGUCAGUUUUGGUGUCAAUGUGGUCUUCACUUUGAUGGCAUUUCUUAUUCUUUCCACUCUUAUUCUUUUUUCUUUUACAUCUUCGAUCCUUUGGGAGAGAGGAGCUAGUGGUUUACUUAAUUAGCUCCUCUUAUCUGUCUGAAGAUAAAAAUUUCUCCCUGGUCUUCUCAUCAAGUAUUAGUCUUGUCGACGAUAAAGUUCUUGUUGAUUAGUCUUGUGUAUGAUAAAGUUCUUGUUGGAUUUCAUGAAAUCCCCAUCUUAGGCAAGCAUACUCAGUGGGUGGUGGAAGAUACAGUGCUGCAAUCAGAAAUUCAGAGAAAGGUGAGGAGACAGUGAAAGCAUCUGGUGCCUACCGUUAGGCAAAGCCCAGGUCUCUGUCAAGGUUGAUCUGUUUGAUCUUCCUGGCCAUCCUUGCCAUCUUCUCUCUGACUCUUGCAUUCUGCAGCAGCCCAGUUUUACAUACAUUUAUUGAGUGCUUUCUCUGUGCCAGGUGCUGUGCUAAGAUUUUAGGGGGCUGUGAAGAAUUACGAAACGUAGUCCCUGUUAUUGAAGACCCAGACUCUCUGGGGUUGAGGUGGGAGCAGGGGCAGACCCAUUCACAAAUAAUUCUAAUACAAGUCAGACUGCUCUGAAUCCUGGGAUGGAUGUGCAAAGUGAGAUGAGAGACAAGGCCCCUCAUGAAAGAAGGCAGGAUGGGGAGGUGGAGAAGAGCAGAGUCUUUGGAUCCAGCCAAACCUUGGUCCAAUCUCAUUCUGCCAUGACUGUUACUGAUCUUCACCAAAGCCUCAGCUUCCGCAGUGGACUGCGACCUGACACUGGGCUUCGUGCGAGGGUCUAAUGCCGGACUUGAUGGAAACUGCUCAGCAGAGGGCCUUGCCUAAAGUACACGUUUAGUAGAUGGCCUUUUACAAUGAUGAUAGUGUCAGAGAACCUCAGGACUGGAUGGGACUGAGGGGAUCAUCUAAUUCAUUCCCCUGUUUUAUGCUCUUUGACGCCCUGAGUCUGUGCUUCUCCUGUGGCCACAUAGCUCAGGAAGCUGGGGCUGCGCCUCUCAUCAAAAUCCAGAGGAGUGGGCACGAAAAUACUUCCAUACUAAUUUGAGGGUAUCAGGAGUGAUAAUAAAAUAUUUAAGAACUGGCAUGAUAAUACAAUUUUAUAUAUAUGUAUUAUAAAUAUAUAUAAUGUAAAGUAUAGCCCCCCUUUAUUCUCGAAACAAAUAUGCACAUGCACAUAUAACUGUUUACCAGGUGAUACUAUUUAUAGCACAGAUUAUUUAUCAUUCUAAUUUCCAUUUUUUUGGUUAAUUUGGACUUCUCUGGAGUGUCCUUGUCAUUAGCUAAAUGAUUCCUAUUUCUGAGAUGUAGGCAAUGGCAUCGGAUCUUUCCAGCAACUUCCCCAUUAAAGUGACUGUCAUAAGGGCCCUGGCACCUUAUCCCAGCUGGAGAAGGGCCGAGCUUGCUGUUGACUUGUCAGGGCUGUGAUGCACUUGGAUGCCAGGGCUUCCUACGUGGUUCGAAUCCUCAAAGCCUGCAUCACUUGGCAGGUCUGGCACCACCUGCUCUGCGGCCUGUGCCUGCCAGUGCUGACCUCCUCUGGAGCCAUUGGUGGAUGCUGUCCACACCCAGGCCUCUGCCCCUGUGGUCUGUUGAGCAGCUGCCAGACCUGUCCAUAUCCAGGGCCACUGCUGUGCAAUGGCAUCCAGUGACUUGUAGUUUUAAUAGCUCAUACUAAGUGCCAAAUAGUAGUAAAGUAUUUCAGUAUUUCAAAAACCAGUACCACUGAAUCUGUGUGAACCUGAAUAUUAGUUGUGCAAAUAGCACAUACCAUACAAGGCAUCAGAUGGGAAGGGGAACCCCAGAGCUAUAAACAGGUUCACCUCUGUUAAACAUUUAUGAUUCCGAACUAUCAGAAGUGAUGGGUUCAUAUGUGCCGCACAGGAAGCUCCAGGAAGUGAGCCUGUUCUUGUUGCACACAUCUCCAGUCUGUCUUUGUCAGCCCCGAAACUGAACACACCGCCCAUUUUUGCUGAGGCUGCCUGGUUUUGCUGCAGACAGCAUUUUUUGUGGCUUUCUUCUUUCCAUUCCCCAGAGCCACCUGGUAGCUAUCAUUUAUUAGUAUGCAAAGGGUUUACAGAACUGUGUCUUAUAUAAUCCUCACCACAAUCCUAUGUGAUAUUCUAUUAAUACAUCCCUUUUACAGAGAAAGAAAUCGAGACUUUGAUCAGUUACUUUGCUUCUCUAGGCUGUAUCUCCAGCUAGUAGCAGGGGAUGAAUCCAGACUGAUUCUGGCUGACUUCAAAGCCCAGAUUUUUGACUGUGGUGGUUUUGUACCAUUUCUAACCUCUCGAUUGGCUUAGAGAGGGUCUACUCUUUUGUUUCGUUUUAUUUUUGCCUGUGAAAUUGUUAUUUCUAAUUGGAUUCUUGGGCAUUUUGUGGUAGGUAAUCCAAUGACUCAUUUAUAUGGGAGCUGAAUUUCUAAGAAUUACAAUAAAAAUUCCUAAGUUUUAGAGAAAAACCUCAUGACUUAAAAAUCACAUUGACAUAUAUGGUCUCAUUUGAUCCUUUUGACACCAUGAAACCUAUAGGGAAGUUUUUGUUCUCCAUUAGUUCCGAUUUAUAGAGGGAGAGGAGCCCUCAGAGGAGGAAAACAUCAUUCUUCAGCUCACACAGUUUUUAAGUGGAAAAAUAAAGUCUCCAAUCUGAGACCUUUCCUUGAAGUCCAUCCUCCUCUCUGUCAGCUUCCCUGAGGUGGGAUGAAGGGGGAAGGAGGGUUAGGCAGUCUUUGAUUCUGGAAGCUGAGAUAGUGGGCUUUUCCAUGACCCAUCCAGUUGUUAUCCCCGUGUGAACCAUUUCUCUAAUUGGGGGGAAGCCAAGAGCUGGAAAAUCUGUUACAAACAAGGAUGACAAGGCCUCUGUGGCUAAGACACUGGUUACUUUCUCCUUGCCAAGUGUCGUAGAGAAGGAAUAUCGUGUUCCUAGAACAGGGGCUAGUGGUAUAUCUCAUCAGGGUCCCUUUAACUUGGAGGAUUUCUAUCCUGCAGUUGUCAACUUUGUAGAAGCCAACUUUGUAGCAUAGUGACACUUAAGUAACCACAGAGGAAUAUGCCCCACUGAUGAAAAGGAACAUGGACGUGAACAGAUCAUAAAGCCAGAAUUGGGAUUAUCAAACAGGCUGGUCCUGAAGUUAUGGAAUCAGAAGUUGCAGUUACUAGACCUGAAGGACAAAGACUUUCCAGAAAUUGGAGAGGUGAUGCUGUGUGCACCAGAGGACCCGCUGAGGAAGGCUGAUGUCCCAAGAAUCUUGAUUGUUGCCAAGAGUCCUUUGCCAUCUCUUUCCCCUCCUUAAUGUACUGGAUUAUCUUGAGUAUUUACACCAGAGCUGAGACAGUUACUACCACAAUGAAGCAGAGUCUCAGGUCUUAGAAAGAGUCAAGUACUGAAGGAUGUUCCUGGUAGGCUCCUAGCCUGCUUGGAGUGGAAGAUCCACACAGGGCUACUUGUGGACUCAGGGCAGCAUCUGCCUGUGUUUCACAGGCCAGGCUGGAACCUUGGUGUGAUCAUGAACUGGGAGGAAUUAUGUGCAGAGGAAGCAUUGAGGAAGGACAUAUUGAACUUCAAUAGCACAGCACUUGCCUGUUGUCUCGUCAUUCUCCCACCUAGAUAUAAUUGCUGUAGCUGUUUUGAAAAUGUGGCAGCUAAAAGCCUGGUCUCAGGAGCAGCCUGCCUGCGUUCAAAUCCUGGCUUACAAACCGUGGGACCUCGGGUGAGUCACUGAUGUGUCUGUGCUUGGGUUUCCUCGUCUGUAAAAUGGAAAUGAAGAAGCAUCUGCCUCAUAGGGUGGUUGUGAAGAGUAAAUGCUACAUGUAAAGAAUUUAGAUCAGAACAUGGUCCGUAGUAGGUAUUCAGUAAAUUUAAGCCAUUAUUAUUAUUUUAUGUUUAUUAAAUCCUCUGAAUGCUUUCUCUAAACUCAAACACUUUUCUUUUACAAAAAGGAGAUUGUUCUGUGUAUAUUUUGUGUCCUACUUAUUUUUCAUGUAGGCCUUUGCCGUGAGCAUCUGUCCUCUUCUACAAGGGGGCUUUCCUAGCUAGUUAGAUGGCGUUGUUGGAGAUACUCAACCAGUUCUCUUACUAUGGAACAGUACAUCAGAGUCUCUUGCCAUUAUAAACACCUCAGUGAACAUCUUUUUUGCUAAAUAUUUGCAUACCAUCCUUUUCUUUUGAUGAUUGUGCUUUAUGGGGUAGCAUCCCUUCUGAGGGUCACCAAGUGGAAUUAUGUGCAACGUUGGGUGUCGUGGGCACACACAUUGUACAAGGAGUGGGAGCAUAACCACUGUGCAUUAUGGACUCUCCAGGGCAAGGCGUCCGUCCACAUUUUCCUUCGUCUUUCAUGGUACUUCUCACAGUGUUUUGCUUGUGGCUGCCAAAUCAAUAAGAUGCUUAUGGAAAGUAGCCGUACCUGCUUUUCCUAUAUUUCUAGUUACAUUAAGGCAAUUAAGACCAGCCUUAACAUUACUGCUGGUCUGCUUUUCUUCUUUUAAACUGUGCUGGUCUUCUUAAAUAUAUUCCAUUUCAAGUCACUAUUGAUCACCUCAGAUGUUUUUUUGGAGUAAAGCUUGAUAUAAAUAAACGAGCAAACAGCUAACUGACAGUCCAGUGGGGAACAGAUUGUCUCCCAGGAGAUACAAAUUUUGUGUCACUGCGUGAGAACUGGUCAGGUUACACACGUGGUGAGUUCCUCUGACUUGGGCGAGAUAGGAUGUGGCUUAUAGUCUCCUAAGUAUUGUGAAUCUCAAGAAAAACUUGUUUAUUGCAUCCUUAGAAAUGACACAAUGGGGGCAGACUGCAGUUCUCUGGUGCUUGUUUUUGGUGGGUUGAGAUCUUAAAAUGACAAGACAUCACAGAACAAGAAUCUACCGGAGCCUUGAAGGCGCAGACCUGGGUCUUUCUCUCUGGAUAGCACUCUCAUGCUCUCCGGACUCUGACCUCCUCACUCCCACCCUCUAAGACCUUCAAAUCCCCUAGGAUCCUUUAGGAAGCGCAGGCUGUGUUCUUCCCGCUGGGUGCCAUUUUAGCGGAGGCAUUUAGAAAAGUGUCAGAGGUGGCAAGCUCUGAUUCCUAACAAUACCAGUCUUUUCAACCAUCUGUUGCAGAGAUUAGAAAACUGUUUCUGCCAAGGGCCAGAUAGUAAAUACUUUUGACUUUGUGUGCCCUCAGGUGUCUGCUUCUCACUCACCCUAUGGUCAUAACUGCUCACCCCUGCUGUCGCAGCGUGAAAGCCGCCAUAGGCAGUGCGUAAAGGCACGAGUGGGGCAACUUUACUUAUGGACACUGAAAUCUGACCUUCGUAUAGUUUUCACCUUAUUAGACACUUUUCUUCUUUUGACUUUUUUCAAUCAUUUAAAAAUGUAAAGGCCAUUCUUAUUUCACAGACUAUAGAAAAAUAGACAAUGGGCUGGAUUUGUCAACCCCUGAUCUGCACUCAUCAUUUUUCUUCUGCAUAUCACUUUCUGGCUGCACCAUUUCCAGCUUUGUUGUGUCAUUGUUUGAGACCUCUCAGCUCUUACUCUCAGCUAGCUGAGGCUCAGAGGUUCUUUGGAGAAUCUGUGCUUCUGGCCCUCAUGUAGCUCAUUAGAGAGCCAGAAUACCCGCCUAAAAGGACCAUUUAGGACAAAAGCAGAUAACGUCUCUCUUGUCUUUUUUGUGUCCCGGCUGGUCUGACGUGUAAUUUGGGUCUCUGAAGGUUACAGAUGGAUGCUGACAAGUGGUGCUGGUUUCUGCAGGUUCCAAGGUUCUAAUGAACAGAGUGUGCAGCCUGAGUGAUGAUGAGAGUCUGAUUUUUAGGUAAUUGAGGAUAUUUAUAUCUUUUGAUAGGUUGGUGCCUCAGAGUUCUGUUCCAGCAUGAAAUUGAGAGUUAGAGAGAGAUCAGGAUAAUCAAUUUCGUGUCCUCUCCUCAGAACAAUAAUCUAUCAGAGGGGUGUUCAGGCUGGAGUAGUAACUUGGGAUGGAAACGGGAAUUAUAAACAUUUUAUGCUGCUCUAUCUUCACUAUAUUUACAGUGAAAACGCAGUACAGAUUUUUAUGUGGAGCAUGUUUGGAAGGAAAUAAUAUGCCCCAUGUCAUAGGGAAACAGAACACAAGAAAAUAUUCUCAGAUUUGUAGCUCUAGCCCUCGUCUGUGGAGCUGCCCAUCAGACCGGUCCCUGGCAUUUUAUUUAGGGCUGUGAAGCAGUGGGGUGACAGAGACUCAGGCUGCCUGUGUAAUGAGAUUGGUUUGGUUGCUCUGACAGAUGCAAUGAUUUAUGAGAGUGCUUACUGCGAGGCAUCUGCUGUGGCGAGCAGCCUGAUGAAAGGCUUACAAGUGGGAGGUGGAGGAGAGCAAGGACGGGGAGAAGGGUGGCUGUGUACAGGCAGGUGAGGACCAUCCUGAUCGCAGCGGUUAGCCUGGUGAGCUGUAUGGCGCUGUGGAGUAGUGUGAAAUGGCAGAAGUAGCGUGGGCUUUGGAAUUGCUCAGCUCUGACUUUGAUCCCUGGCUCUGCUGCUCAUUCGCCGAAAUCUUAGGUGCCUCGUCUGCAGACAUGGAGCCCAGCUAUGGAGGAGGUCUCUUUGACAUGGUGAAGGGCGGAGCGGGAAGGCUCUUCAGUAACCUAAAGGACAACCUGAAGGACACCCUCAAAGACACAUCUUCCAGAGUUAUACAAUCUGUCACCAGCUACACGAAGGGAGACUUAGACUUCACUUACGUUACCUCCAGAAUUAUCGUGAUGUCCUUUCCUCUGGACAGUGUUGACAUAGGAUUCAGGAAUCAGGUUGACGACAUUCGAAGCUUUUUGGAUUCCAGACAUCCUGACCACUACACGGUGUACAAUCUCUCGCCCAAGUCUUACCGAACUGCCAAGUUUCACAGCAGGGUCUCAGAAUGCAGUUGGCCCAUUAGGCAGGCCCCCAGUCUGCACAACCUCUUCGCCGUGUGUCGGAAUAUGUAUAACUGGCUACUACAGAAUCCCAAAAACGUCUGUGUUGUCCACUGCUUGGAUGGACGGGCAGCAUCGUCAAUUCUGGUUGGUGCUAUGUUCAUUUUCUGUAAUCUCUACUCUACUCCUGGCCCAGCUGUUCGGUUGCUGUAUGCAAAGCGCCCAGGAAUUGGACUUUCGCCAUCCCACAGGAGAUACCUGGGCUAUAUGUGUGACCUACUAGCGGACAAACCCUACCGCCCUCACUUCAAGCCUCUCACCAUUAAGUCGAUCACUGUCAGUCCAGUUCCUUUUUUUAACAAACAGAGAAAUGGAUGUCGCCCUUACUGUGAUGUGCUGAUUGGAGAAACCAAAAUAUAUACAACCUGUGCAGAUUUUGAACGAAUGAAAGAAUACCGUGUCCAAGAUGGAAAAAUCUUCAUUCCCUUGAGCAUCACUGUGCAAGGAGAUGUGGUCGUUUCCAUGUAUCACUUGAGAUCAACCAUCGGGAGCCGGCUACAGGCUAAGGUGACCAACACUCAGAUAUUCCAGCUUCAGUUUCACACUGGAUUCAUACCACUGGACACAACAGUUUUAAAGUUCACCAAGCCUGAGUUGGAUGCAUGUGAUGUACCGGAAAAAUAUCCUCAGCUCUUCCAGGUGACUCUGGAUGUGGAACUGCAGCCCCACGACAAGGUGGUAGACUUAACUCCACCGUGGGAACAUUACUGCACAAAAGACGUCAAUCCCAGCAUCCUCUUCUCUUCUCACAAGGAGCAGCAAGACACUCUGGUCUUAGGAGGACAGGCUCCAAUCGAUAUCCCGCCAGACAACCCCAGGCAUUUUGGGCAAGGUGGCUUCUUUUCCUCUCUCUGCUGGCAAGAUCAGAAAUCGGAGAAAUCAUUCUGCGAGGAGGACCACGCUGCCCUGGUGAAUCAGGAGAGCGAGCAGUCAGACGAUGAACUUCUGACCCUUUCCAGUCCACACGGCAAUGCCAAUGGCGACAAACAUCAUGGAGCCAAGAAACCCAGCAAAAAGCAGCAGGAGCCGGCUGCCCCUCCACCCGCUGAGGACGUGGACCUUCUGGGCCUAGAAGGGGCUGCAGUGAGUAAGAACUUCUCGCCACCGGCGGCUCCUCCCUCCAAUUCUGAACUGCUGAGCGACCUGUUUGGGGGUGGAGGUGCGGCCGGCCCUGCCCAGGCUGGACAGUCAGGGGUGGAAGACGUGUUUCACCCAAGUGGACCUGCAUCCACUCAGUCAACGCCACGCCGGUCUGCCGCCUCCGCCUCCGCGUCUCCAACGCUAAGAGUAGGAGAAGGUGCCACCUUUGACCCUUUUGGAGCGCCUUCCAAAUCAUCAGGUCAAGAUUUGCUGGGUUCUUUUCUGAACACAUCCGCUGCUUCCAGUGACCCCUUUCUUCAGCCUACGAGAAGCCCCUCACCUACAGUGCAUGCUUCCAGUACACCUGCUGUGAACAUUCAGCCAGAUGUUUCGGGAGGUUGGGACUGGCAUACUAAACCAGGAGGUUUUGGGAUGGGAAGCAAGUCAGCUGCCACCAGCCCAACGGGGUCCUCGCAUGGCACUCCCACCCAUCAGAGCAAACCCCAGACUCUGGAUCCUUUUGCUGACCUUGGGACAUUAGGUAGUUCUUCAUUUGCCAGCAAACCCACCACACCAACUGGACUGGGCGGGGGGUUUCCACCUCUCAGCUCACCACAGAAAGCGUCUCCCCAGCCCUUGGGGGGCGGCUGGCAGCAGGGGGGCGGCUACAGCUGGCAGCAGACACCACCGUCAAGGCCGCAGCCCAGCAUGGUGCACUCCUCUCCCCAGAACCGCCCCAACUACAACGUGAGCUUCUCAGCCGUGCCUGGGGGCCAGAACGAGCGUGGGAAGGGAGCAGCUCACUUGGAAGGGAAACAAAAAGCAGCUGAUUUUGAAGACCUUCUUUCUGGUCAAGGUUUCAAUGCACACAAAGACAAAAAGGGGCCUCGAACAAUCGCUGAGAUGAGAAAGGAAGAAAUGGCUAAGGAAAUGGAUCCUGAGAAGUUAAAGAUUCUGGAAUGGAUUGAAGGCAAAGAGAGAAAUAUCAGAGCACUUCUCUCCACGAUGCACACUGUGCUGUGGGCUGGGGAGACCAAGUGGAAGCCAGUCGGCAUGGCGGACCUCGUCACGCCGGAGCAGGUGAAGAAAGUGUACAGGAAGGCGGUGCUGGUGGUGCACCCAGACAAAGCUACUGGGCAACCCUAUGAACAAUAUGCAAAGAUGAUUUUCAUGGAGCUCAAUGAUGCCUGGUCUGAAUUUGAAAAUCAGGGCCAGAAGCCCUUGUAUUAAUUCCUGAGAUUUUCCAUUUCUGCUGCAGACCUGUGCUGACACUUAGUGUGUGUCACAAUUCUGAGGUUUUCACAGAUGAACCAAAAACUCCAGUAAUAUGUAUCCAGUACUAAACUGUUAAAUUACUCGUGAAUUAAUUCCUCGCUGAUAAGGAGAGUGGAUGUUUGUUUUCUCAAGUCAACACCAUAAAAGGUCCAGCGCAGGAGAGGAACGUUUAGUCAGAUGACCUUGCAGAGUUACAACAUUCCAGCCUGCCCUUUGCGAGCCUACUCAGCAUUUUGUGGGGAAAUGGAAAAUAGAGGCUACCGAAGGCUUGACCCCCAUCUCGUUGGCUGAGAAUAGGAUUAAUGAGCAAGGGUUAUGAUAAUAGGAUUACAUGUUGGAUUUUAACUAAUGUGUUUUAGAUUUUCUUGGAAAGAUGUAACUUGAGCAAUGGCUUUACGUAGACUACAGGAACACAACCAUCAAGAGUUUUUUCAAAUGGAAGUUGACCAUGGUCUUUAGCAUAAUGCUGUACACUCUUGAGGUCAAGAGGACCCACAGAUGUAAGAGAACUUGAAUUAUGCAAAGAAUUAUACUACAGUUCCAGUGGUUACCACCACCUCUUCCUGGAUAAGGUAAAAAUUAGCGAAAAUGCUGAUGAAAGAAAAUAGGGACUCUGCGGAUGUAGAAAUCUUUAAACAGAAAGUUGGGCUGCUCCCUUCCUUUCCCUUUAGAAAGCUGUGGUUGUGUAAAGAAAAAGUCUUAACACUGUAACAACAACUCUAAACCUGAUUUGAAAGAAACUUCUAAUUUUGCCACAAGGCUUAAAGCUCUUCUUUGUGCUUAGCCAAGAAAAUGUUCUGAGCUGGAAACAGGUGGUAAAGCAGAUUGGCAGGACCUGUGUCUAGUGGUGACUCAGCGUCCUCUAGGUUUGUGAGUGGCAGUGGGAAGAGCAUAGAAGGCCACGCUGAGAACUAAGCAGACGGGCAGGUGCAGUGGCAGAGCUGUGCUCGCCUUCAGACCCAGGAGUUGGCUUUGAGGAACCAGGUUCCCCUCCCCACUGGUGAAACUGGACCCCUUGGAUUAUUACAGUGGGGUUUCUUGUUUUAAAAGUAGUUGGGAGCCAUAGGAACAACAUUCACACAGGGACAUCUGUGAAAGCAAAGCAAGAAUGGAACCUUUGCAGACUUCAGACUGGUCGGGUUUCGGUUUGGUGUUUUGGCUAUUUCUCGUUUUGAGGGGUAAGCAGUUGUGAGCCUGUAACUUUGAUAGAUCUCUUUUGGCGUGCACAUGCACAGUGUGCAUAGUACAUAUAUGCAAAGCAGAUGGGCAAAAAGAUUUCCUUACUAAUUCCAAAAGGUUCAUGCUCAAUGUUGUGAAAAGCUUUCAAAAAUUGUUUUUGAAAAGACAAUCAUUUUUUGUUUCUGUUUUAAGUUUCUUGUGGCAAACUGUACUGGAAAAGCAGCAUGUCAAAAAUACUUUAUGUUCUAUAUAGAACGCUCUUUCUUUUUUUUUUUUUUGGUUAUAUAGGUUCAUUAUUUAUUUUACCUUUUACUGACAAUGUGAAACUCGCAGAAAAUGUUCUCCUUUUAAAUAUACAGCUGUAAACUGUUCAAGGUAACCAUAACAAACUAGGUGUUAUUUAUUAACAUAUUAUAAAAUAAUGUUUGAUCCACUAUGUGCUUGUCUUAUUUAAAAUUGGAAUGUGAGACAUGUUGCUGUGACUUGUUUUUUUCUCAUUCACACUUGUAGAUAGCGUGUGAGCUACAGUAUAUAAUGAUAAUACUUAAAAGGAUAUUAUGUGAAUGUCACGUACAUUUUGAAAUGAUAGAACUAUAUUAGCUUUGUAUCAUGUUUGGAUAAUUCAUCAAUGCUCACAGUUUAAAACAUCAUUAAACAUUAUGUAAUUAGCAAUGAGAAAGAAUCUUACCUAACUUAAAUUUGGGAUUUCCCCCAUCUCUUUUCCGGAUACAUUAUAAUUCUGGACCCCUGUUUAUCUCAAAACUCUUAACAUACGCAGACCAACAGGUUUCUGCAUUCCUUUUAAAUAUCUGGUUGUGACAGCUUGUUGUUGAUCAGAUUCACUGUUUCAUUCAUAUUUAUUGUAAUAUAUUUUUUGUUUUGUAAAUAUGUUACACACAACAAAAUGUGAUUGGUCUAAAAUAUUUGUAAUGUAUAUUAAAAGGCUCAAAAAUA